GUUGAUGUAUAUUAUUAUACCGAGUAUUAUUGCAUGUGCAUUAUCCAGCCGUAGAAGUGGACUCCAGUUGGGAACUUUUUGUAAAUAAUGUUGUUUUAAUAUUUUGUAUUUAAUCUCCUCCUAGUUUAUAGGAUCUAUAUAGUGGUAGUUCAACCCAUACGGUUAUGUAGAAUUGUAAUAUAUAGAGGUUUCCUCUGACAGAUAAUAAGAACGAACGAUUCUCACAUAUCCGUUUUAUUAUGUUACGAAUGAUUUUACAUGGUAUCAGAGCAGUGAUUUAACGAUCCUCUUUACGUUAAUCACUAACGGCAAGGAUAACGACCGAGAAGACGAAUACGACUGGCCAUAACAACACGAAGGAGAUGUCGAACAUGGCACCUGGCUUUACCAAAGACCAGUGGGAGAGCUUUCUGAAACUUGUUGAAAAUUGUAAGGGACUCUCAACCGAUCAUGAAAAACUCACAGGUAUGAAUAUUACUGAUUGUGAAUGGCUCCUAGACUCCGGUGCGUCGUAUCACAUGACGGGAAAUACACAAGUUUUGACCCGGGUUGAAAAGUUGGCACCUAUUCCAGUAACUCUACCCGAUGGAAAUAUUAACCAUGCAACAUGUGUGGGACAAGUACGAUUGAGUCCUAGGGUAUCAAUUAAAAAUGUUUUAUUGGUACCGGGUUUGAAGUGUAAUCUCAUUUCGGUGGGACGGUUAAUUGAUGAUUUGAAUUGUGAUGUUUAUUUUACUAAUGAUAUUUGUGUGAUACAGGACCUAUCUACGAGGAUACCAAUUGGAGUGGCUAAACAGUGCGGGGGAGUAUACUAUUUUCACUGUCUUGACAAGCUACGAGCUCAUUCCAUCAAAGGUGAUCGUUUAGGUGAUCUAUGGCAUUCAAGGCUGGGUCAUCCUUCCAAAACAGUGCUACGUCUUGUUAGUGGCUUGCAAAAAUCUCCGAUUACUUUUGAUUCGAACAAAAUAUGUGAUGCAUGCAUGCGUGGAAAACAAACUCGUGAUGUAUUUGCGAUUAAUACUGCUAGAGCAAUUGAGCCAUUUGAAUUGAUUCACUGUGAUAUAUGGGGUCCGUAUAGAACACCCGCUACUAGUGGAGCACGUUAUUUUUUAACCAUAGUUGAUGAUUUUUCUCGUGCUGUCUGGAUACAUUUGCUUUGUGAAAAGGGGGAAGUUUUUAACGUUCUUAAACAUUUUAUUGCUAUGACAACAAGACAGUUUAAUAAACAAGUGAAAGUUGUUAGAGCUGAUAAUGGUUUGGAAUUUCAAAAAUUGAGAGGCUAUUUUUUGAAUGAUGGAAUUAUUUUUCAAACCUCUUGUGUGUAUACACCUCAACAAAACGGGAGGGUUGAACGAAAGCAUAGACAUAUUUUGGAUAUGGCUAGAACACUUCGAUUUCAUGCACACUUACCCAUUCAAUUCUGGGGAGAGUGUGUACUAACGGCAGGUUACCUUAUCAAUCGGUUGCCAUCUCCUUUACUGGACAAUAAGAGCCCCUACGAAUUAUUGUUCAAUAAAUUGCCUUCCUAUAAUCAGUUAAGGGUCUUCGGAUGCUUAUGUUAUGCACAUAAUAAAGAAAGAACUGGAGACAAAUUUGCACCUCGUGGACUCAAGUGUGUAUUUUUGGGAUAUGCUUAUUCUCAGAAGGGCUGGAAGGUGUUUGAUUUGGACACUAAACGACAUUUUGUUUCACGCGAUGUUUCGUUCGUUGAAACGAUUUUUCCAUUUGCUAUGGAUAAUUUUCCAGAUUAUUCUUCAAGGAAGACCGAUGAUACACAGGUGGAAAAUUUGGUUAUACGGCAGGCUCCUGAUGAUAUGGAUACUCCAUAUGAGAGCACACGUGUUGAUCAUCCUGGUGUUGUGCAUGAAGAAUUACAUGAUGCUGCCAACCCAUCCUUAUUGGAACAAAGUCAACCCACAUGUGAGAGCAUUGACCGAUCUCAAGAUUCUGGAGGAAGUAUGGACAUUGUACAUGGAGCCACUACUGAUGAUGUGACACGCAUGAUUGAUCAUCCUACAUUCAAUACCACUUCAGAAGACGUCCUAUCUCAUGCGGGUCAAGAAACAUCUUCACUGCCCCAGAAACGCGUACGACGGCCUCCAGCUUGGCAUCACGACUAUGACAUUCAGCUCAAUACAGUGAAAAUAACAUCUCCCCCCGACGUUGGCUCCUCUUCUUCGGUAAACUCAGGUAAUCCUUAUCCCUUAUCUCAUUAUGUACAAUAUUCUCACUUUUCGGUCGAGCAUCGUGCCUUUCUUGCAGCCAUAUCAGCUACAAAGGAACCAGGUUCAUUUCGAGAAGCUGUUUGUGAUCCUCGUUGGAGAGAGGCUAUGCAGCGCGAGAUAUCUGCACUCGAACGCACUGGCACGUGGACGCUUACUCCAUUGCCACCUGGAAAAAGGGCGAUCUAUUGUAAGUGGGUUUAUAAAAUAAAAUAUAAAUCUGAUGGGACAAUAGAUCGUUAUAAGGCGAGAUUGGUUGUUUGUGGCAAUAGACAGGUGCAGGGAAUUGAUUAUUCUGAGACGUUCGCUCCAGUUGCUAAAAUGGUAACCGUGCGUACUCUGUUGAUGGUGGCGGCAUCUCGCCACUGGGAGCUCCAUCAAAUGGACGUCGAUAACGCUUUUUUGCACGGUGAUCUCCACGAGGAAGUAUACAUGCAUUUGCCUCCGGGAUAUUCUGCAUCUACAUCCGGUCAGGUUUGUCGUCUUUUACGAUCACUAUAUGGAUUGCGCCAAGCUCCCAGAUGUUGGUUUUCCAAAUUGACAGGUUCUUUAAAACAAUAUGGUUUUGAACAAUCGCAUGCCGACUACUCCUUGUUUACUCUUCGCCGUGGAAAUAAUAUAUUAUGUGUUUUGGUGUAUGUUGAUGAUAUUAUCACGGGUAAUAAUCAUGACAUGAUUGUUGCCUUCAAGCAUCACUUGGCAUCUUCUUUCCCUAUUAAAGAUUUGGGCCGGUUAAAAUAUUUUUUGGGACUGGAAGUGGCACGCAAUUCUACAGGAAUUUUCUUAUGCCAACGCAAAUAUGUUUUGGAUAUCUUGGCUGAAACAGGACUGACCGGGGCCAAGCCAGUUGGUUUCCCUAUGAUUCAGAAUCACAGUUUACAAUCUGAUUCUGGCCCACUAUUUUCUGAUCCGGAACGGUAUCGCAGGCUUGUUGGUAAACUUAUCUAUCUUACGUUGACUCGGCCAGACAUCUCUUAUUCUGUUCAUAUUCUUUCUCAAUUUAUGCAUCAACCACGUCAGGCUCAUUGGGAUGCGGUCGUUCGAGUCUUACGAUAUCUUAAAGGUCAUCCGGGUCAGGGUAUUUUACUUUGUUCCUCUUCUGAUCUUUCACUAACUGGAUUUUGUGAUUCGGACUGGGCGAGCUGUCCCAUCACCCGUCGGUCAGUUACGGGAUAUUUGGUUCUCCUUGGUGGCUCUCCUAUCUCAUGGCGAACCAAGAAGCAAGUUACUGUGUCUCGUUCUUCAGCUGAAGCAGAAUAUCGCUCUAUGGCUACUCUCACGUGUGAGCUUAUUUGGUUGAAGAAUUUGUUACAUUCUUUGGGAGUGGUCCAUCAAUCUCCCAUACCGGUUUAUUGUGACAACAAAGCUGCCAUUCACAUUGCGUCCAAUCCGGUUUUUCAUGAACGCACCAAGCAUAUUGAGCUUGAUUGCCACUUUAUCCGUGAUCACAUUCAAGCCGGUCUCAUCACUCCUUUAUAUCGGACUACCACAGAACAACUUGCUGAUCUUUUUACUAAGGCCCUUGGUGCAUCUCAGUUUUCUUAUCUACUUACCAAGAUGGGCAUUAUUGAUCCUCAUGCUCCAUCUUGAGGGGGGAUGUUGAUGUAUAUUAUUAUACCGAGUAUUAUUGCAUGUGCAUUAUCCAGCCGUAGAAGUGGACUCCAGUUGGGAACUUUUUGUAAAUAAUGUUGUUUUAAUAUUUUGUAUUUAAUCUCCUCCUAGCAGGGGCGGAUCUAGCCCAUGGCCAGGGUGGGCCUAGGCCCAUGCUCAAAAAAAUAUAAUUAAUUGUAUAUAUAUACUAUGUAUAUAUUAAUAUAUAGUGUUUUAGUAGUUAUGAUAUAAAAAAAGCUAAUGUCAAUUUGUUAACAUCAGUCAAGUUGGUCCAAUGGAAGCACACUAAUUAUGCAACAAAAGGAGUCAAGUUCGGGUCCUUUGGGCACCAUAUUUAUAAUUUUUCAAUGCAACAUGAGUAAAUUUUU